AUGGAUUCCCUUUUAGAUAGAUCGUCACAAUGUGGCGCACUUGUCACUGCCACAUUAGCGCCACAGCUUGCCUCUAUAUUAGUCUCCUUAUUGUCGUCUACCAUCAUGUCGUCCUCUACUUCCAUUGUGCACUUAGAGGAGAUUGACCUUCGCUUGUUCGAUGAAGGCCCAGAAGCCCGCCAGGCCCUUGCUGAGCGUCUUGAAAAAGCCCUUACUGGCCACGGUUUUUUCCAGCUUGUGAAUCACGGGCUCGUGACCGACCACUUAGCCUCGAUUGGCAGCCAGGUAUUUGAAGAGCCAGAUGAAGUGAAAGCUGGACAUAUUGCCGGCGAGAAUGAUCUACCAGAAGAGAGCUAUAAGCACCUCGGUGUUGUUAGAGGCAGCGGUUACAAGCCAAGAGGUUACUGGACUUACAUAAAUGACCAGAAGGAUAGAGUUGAAUUUUUCAACCUGCGCCAUUUUGCACAUCCAGAAUAUGUUAAGGCCGCAAGCUACCCUCCUUCCGUUGAGAAGAACUUGCCUGCGAUCAUCACUUACUUUAAUGAACUUCAUCAAAACGUUUUACGCAAAUUGCUCUCGUUGAUUGACAUCAUUCUUGAGCUUCCUGACGGAACGCUUUACAACAACCACUUUAGGGUGGUUGAAAACAAGAUCAAAGAGUCUGCAACUGGUUACGGUAGAUUCUUGCUAUACCAUGAGGCUGAUGACUCGUACAACAUGAAGACAGGAAGCACGCUGCUCCGAGGCCACACGGAUGCUAGUGCGCUCACAUUCAUCCUGUCAGAUCCUGUAAAGGCACUCCAAAUCAGACUCCCGGAUACUGACAAUACUUGGGGAUUUGUCAAACACAAACAAGGGGCACUAGUUGUGAACGUCGGAGAUGCACUUCAAUUCUGGACCGGUGAUUACUUUAGGUCCAGUGUCCACAGAGUUGCCUCGCCCCCUAAACACCAAAAGCGGUCUAGCAUAAUUUAUUUCUGCACCCCAACAUCUGCGACAUAUUUGGAUCCUGACUCCUUGAACUCUCCAAAACUCAAGCGUUUGGGAAUCUAUGCCGACAAGAGCUUGCAACGCAUAACUCAGGGCGAGUGGGAUAUUGCAAAAGGAGCGUUUUUCAACAACGUAAGCUCAAACCAAACCAAAGGUAUCACAAUUCUCGGCAGAAAGUCUCUUGGAUCCCUUAUUGGCGAAACUGUAGACACCUAA